AUGUCGAAGAGGUUUGCUCAGUCGAACGAGGAUUCAAAAAUACCCGCCAAAAAAGCAGUGCAAGUGCCUGAUGAAUACAAAAUAGUCUUGAAAGUUUUGAAUCCUCAUAUUACAUGCCCAAUUUGCAAAGGGUACUUUGUUGAAGCAAUCACAAUAACUGAGUGCCUUCACACAUUUUGUAAGUCAUGCCUUUUGAAGCAUUUUGAAAAUGAGGACAACUGCUGCCCGAAGUGCAGUGGUUUGAUACAUCAGAGUCAUCCAUCACAUUACGUUAGUUUUGAUAGGACAAUGCAAGAGCUAGUGUACAAACUUGUUCCUGGACUGCAAGCAGCAGAAGAAGAAAGAAGAAAUGCUUAUGCACAGUCGACAUCUGGAACAUGUGUGAUCAAAAAAGAACCCGAGGAAGUGAAAAGCGAAGAAGUGCCGGAAUGUGGGGGAGAUGUGGUGAAAAAUCAUCACAGGAACGAUGACCAAGUUGUUAUACAACUGUGUACUGAUGAGGCUUCUGAAAUGGAUAACGCUGAAAUGCCUUUUGUGCGAUUAUCAGGAGACAUGAGUCGGUAUUCUGAAGUUGAUAUAUUUUGUAAUAAUGAACUGAUGGGAAGAGAUUUUUCCAUGAAGUUUAUAGAAAAAACAAGGUGGCGUAAUAAACCAAAAGACCUCCCUCUGCAGUUGUAUUUUAGGAAGCAUGUUGAUUUUUAA